CGUUAGCUAGCCGAGCUGAUUAGCCCGCCGCUAUACCAGCUAAUGUUUGUAGAAUAUUUAUUGUGAGCUAAACUGAAGUGGAUGAUACAAACAGUGUAGAAAAAAUGGCGGACGUCGGGGGACAAGGAAUUUGUUCAACUGUCCCACCGUUGCCUCACCCUUCGUCUCGCAACGGCUCCGGUAGCGGUAACGUUACACCGGGCACCGGCGACAGCUGCCAGACGGCAACCACCGUUACUUCAGGCCCACGGCUAGUCCGGAUAGUGAAGUCUGACUCUGGUUAUGGGUUCAACGUCCGGGGACAAGUUAGUGAAGGAGGGCAGCUGCGGAGCAUUAACGGGGAACUGUACGCUCCUCUGCAGCAUGUUAGCGCUGUUUUACCGGGAGGAGCCGCCGACAGAGCCGGUAUAUCGAAGGGAGACAGGAUUCUCGAGGUUAACGGUGUGAAUGUAGAGGGAGCGACCCACAAGCAGGUGGUGGACCUGAUCCGGGCUGGAGAGCGAGAGCUGGUGCUGGCUGUGCUGUCUGUCCCGCCCCAGGAGGCUGACUGCCUGGAUCCUGGAGAUGACAUCUCAGCCCAGUCCUGCUAUGAUUAUUCAGACAAGCAGGCCGUCCCGAUCUCCGUGCCAAGCUACAAACACACUGAGCUUAACCAGGAAAAGUUUGUGGUAUACAAUGUGUACAUGGCAGGCAGGCAGCUGUGCUCAAAGCGGUACCGUGAGUUUGUCAUCCUACACCAAAACCUGAAGAGGGAGUUUGCCAACUUUACAUUCCCAAAGCUGCCUGGGAAAUGGCCUUUUUCCCUGUCAGAGCAGCAGCUGGACGCACGACGCAGAGGCCUGGAGGAAUACCUAGAGAAAGUGUGCUCUGUGCGGGUCAUUGGAGAAAGUGACAUCAUGCAGGAGUUCCUGUCUGAAUCAGAUGAGAACUAUAACGGCGUGUCGGAUGUGGAGUUGAGAAUAGCCAUGCCUGACAAAACCACACUCACUGUCAGAGUCCGCAAAAACUCCACCACAGACCAAGUCUACCAGGCUGUGGUUAUGAAGCUGGGGAUGGACAGUGUAACAGCCAGCUACUUUGCUCUGUUUGAGGUCAUCAACCAUACCUUUGUACGGAAGCUUGCCCCCAAUGAAUUCCCCCACAAACUGUAUGUACAGAACUAUACCUCAGCCAUCCCCGGAACAUGCCUCACCCUGCGCAAGUGGCUCUUCACGACAGAGGAGGAGAUCUUGCUCAGUGACAACCAGCUGGCUGUCAACUACUUUUUCCACCAGGCUGUGGAUGAUGCAAAGAAAGGCUUCAUCAAAACAGAGCAGAAGUCCUACCAGCUGCAGAAGCUGGCUGAGCAAAAGAAGAUGUCUAUGUAUCUGAGUUUGUUGAGGAGUUGCGAGGGCUACAACGAGAUCAUAUUCCCCCACUGUUCCUGCGACUCCAGACGUAAAGGCCACGUCAUCACAGCUAUCAGCAUUCACCACUUCAAGCUGCAUGCCUGCACUGAGGAAGGGACGCUGGAGAAUCAGGUGAUUGCAUUUGACUGGGGGGAGAUGCAGCGGUGGGACACGGAUGAAGAGGGCAUGGCCUUCUGCUUUGAAUAUGCACGAGGGGAGAAGAAGCCACGCUGGGUUAAGAUUUUUACACCCUAUUUCAACUACAUGCACGAGUGCUUUGAGAGAGUUUUCUGUGAGCUGAAGUGGAGGAAGGAGGUUGAAGAGGAGGCUACAGACAAGGACAAUAAGAACUGCAGUAAAGAUGGUAUGUGUGGCAAGAAUAUUUUCCAGCUGCUGAGGCACAGAAGGGAUGGAGGCACCUAGGGAGGGAGAUCGUUACCUCUUAACUAGACAUCACCGACUCCGCUCAGUUCAUCUGUUAGCUACAUGAUCAUCAUUUACACUCCCAUCAGCAACAACCUCUGAACCUUCCCCCGAUACACGCAAACCAACAAGCAUCUGAACAAAGUGGAUAAACAGCAGCAUAAAGAAGCUUGAGACACACGAAGCAGAACUCUUGAAUCGUGCACAUCAUAAUCACGCAUUUAGCAGAGCUCUGUCAAAAAGAAACUAGGCCUUGGUAGACUCCUGGAUUCAUUUAUGCCUUCCUUUUUCAGCAGUGACUUGAAGUGGAAUGUUACCUGCACAUGAGGAGACAGCUGAAGAUGUUGAACCUUGAAGGAAAAAGGAAAUACUGAUGGACUAACUGGAAACUGGUAGUGCUCGUAAAAGGGAACACAGGAAACACUGAUCAGGGAUACUGAAGGUCUGACCACAGGGAGACACUAAGCUCCUCAGUUUACAGAACAAAGCAGCCGUGUCUUCUUUUUUUAGCCAGGUGUUAAUGUGUUUAUGCAUGGGAACAAUGUGUGCAGCAGGGCCCAAAAAUGCAAGGGUCCAACCAGAGCCAGGCCCUCAGAAUGUAAGUUAUGCCAUAUUAUACAUUUGCAUCUUUUUGACACUAAUUUUCAUUUCUUUAAGGAAAUUAUUGACAUUUAAAUGUGGCAGAAGAGAGAAAGGAGAGAGAAAGGGUGGAUUUUAAAAGAUUAAGACAUAUUUCUCACAGCUGUGAUGAUUGGAAACAUGAGCAGAAACAUGUUAACACUUAGAAAAACAUUGCACUUUAUUCAACAGUAUUAACAACCUCUGAAUUUGGGAAAUGAAGCUUAGGAAAUAGAUGGUGGGAAUAACCUUAGAAGUAGCCUUUGCUUUGUUUACAUUAAUAUUCUGACUGCAGUAUGAUCAUGUACGGCAUCAUCAUGCAAAGCCAUGCAUUAAAGCUUAAUGUAUUUAUAGUAUUACAUGAACACUUGGUGCUUUUCUGCAGCAUGGACAUGGGUCUCUGAUCAGACAGUAAGCAGUGUACUGUAGUACAGUAAGUGUAUUACCGAUACAAGACAGCAGGGGUCCUUCUCAUCCUGCCUGCUCACCGACCAGUGAUUACUUUGUUUCUAAGAGGUCCCACAGGAUUUAUAACAAGACUGUAAUUCAAACUGCAGCACUAUUCAUCUCAGUAGCAGGUCCUCUUCUCCACUGUUAAACCACUCGUGCACUUCAGGUUAAGUGGGGAGAGGAUCUCUAAGGCAAAAGGGGCAGCUUGCACCCUUCAUCAACAUGAAAGAUAUGAAGAUAAGUGUUCACAUUCACUGCAGGCUGUGUAGCAACAGCAGUGUAAUGUAAUAAUGUAAUUUAAUGUCCCUCUAAAGGAGCCCAGUUAAUGUUCUUGUUCCUAGAAUAACACCAUAAUAAUAAUGUUGUGUAAGUUAUAAUCAUCUGAUGAUGCAAUACUUCAGUAUGACUAAUAGAUCCAAAAUAAUAUGAUAACAGGCUGUCUCAGCAUUAAAAUCAGAAGCUGACAUAAAAUGUUUAGAUUUUCUCAGUGCAGUAUUUGGAUAGUACCACUUUAUACAUCAAAUAUAAAAGGUUUAUUGCAUUACUGACUCAUUUAGAAGAACGUUUUAAAAGACUCCCUUAGUCUAAAAGCAGUUCAGAUUGUACUCAGUUGCAACCAGUUCCCACUGAAUGAGCAUAAAGCUGUUUUCACACAUGCACUCCUGAAAAUUUCUUGAAAUUUGGAUGUCAGGCUGACCCUGAAAUCAUCACGAGGUGCCUGUUGAAGCAGGACAUGUUGUGAAAAGGACAAUGAAGACAUGGCUGACGAGCAGCUCUAAAGACAGUUUUGCUCUUUUAUCAGUGCUAUGGAGCGUCUUCAUACUAUCCUACUGAUAUAAUAAUAUUUGGCAGACGCCAUCCUACAUACCCUUAGCUCAACAAGCGGCCGCUACCAUCAUGCUCUAUCAGUGGAGACAGUCAGAAAAUUAAACUCUUUUUCCAGCAAGAAAAUAAUCCAGUGUGGUUCCUUGCUUUUCUGUUUUUAAGUUAUUUUGGGGGCUUUUGCAUCUUUUAGGAGUGAUUAGGACAGUGGAUAGAGUUGGGAAUGACAUGCAGGAAUGAAGCCACAUGCUGAAUUUGAACCUGGUCCACCUGCUUAGAAGAGUAGCUGGUAUAUAUGGGGUGUGAGCUAAAAGCUAUGCCAUCUGCAUCCCUUUUGCUCUUCUUUUAACAAAGAAAUGUCCAGUUCUGAUCUAAGUGCCAUCAACACUGAUAUCAUUUCUUGCAGCCAUUGUUUACAGGCUUGCAGCACAUCUGAACCACGCCUGUAGCUACCGCCUUAAACGACACUGAUUGAUGCGGUUAUUCUCUGUCCGUGAACAAGCGUAUCGGCUUGAAGCUUUGCGAGAUUGAUCCUCCUGAUGAAAGACACUGAAUCUGACCAAGCCAAGGUUAGAUUUUAGUGCAUCUAUGAAAAACCUGAAGUGUUGCUGGUAUAAUAUGUAAUCAUGGUAGUAAUGAUAUCCAUCAAAAACAUGUUUAAAACAUGGCUUACAUGGUACAGAUAGCCUGGUGAUUGGGCUAGUGCCUAAUAUACAUGGAUGGCCACUCAUGCCAUUCCUGACUCUUUCAUCUUUGUUUCUGACCGGUGUCCUGUCUACAGUACAUCAAUAAAGCUAUAAAAAGCCCCCCCCCCCUCAAAAAACCUAAAAUACAUUGCUUAAUUUGCUUAUAAACAUUUUACUUGAUCCCAAUUGUAUUUAUAUAGAAGCCCUAAAUGUACAUGCACCAAUACAUUUUAUUUACUUUGAGUAAUUUCUAGCAGUUUACUUGAGAUCCUGACUUACUUAUCGCGUUGUCUUGCGAAAAUGAUUUUUUUCGUAGGUCACUUCCACUUAUAAAUUUUUACUUAUUUUCCUCAUAAUCAAGGAAAAGCACCAUUUUCUCCCAUUAUAACUGAAUAUUUUUUCUUUCUGCUCUCUCAAAGUGAAAGCAACUGAUAGAUUUAUCUCAUUACCUUGGCAUAACAGUGAUGGUUUUUUCCAUUAUAAUGGAUACAUUUCUGAAAAUCCUUGAAAACAAAACAGUAUGCUUGUCACUGUGAUAGGCUUCACUAAUGAGGAUUUUAGCUUAUUUAUAUAUUUGUUUAGGACUUUUGCAUCUCUGCAGAUACAAGAUAGGAGACACAAUCUAGGGGAAAAUCAACUGUAAAUUACUUGUGACAGUAAAAUGGAGUAAAUAAAGUGUGUAGAUGCAUGUCUGCUCAGGGUUCGUGAAGAUUUCAGUGAAUGACAAUAAAAAAUGAUAUUCAAGUAUUUCUAAGCCAUUAGUACCAUCAAGCUGAUAAAGACAACAUCCAUAGUGAAGACUGAUAUUGUCCUUACUAUGAGUGCAUUUUAUAAUGACAUUGCUCUUCACAGAAGCCAUCUAAUUGAUUAAUGAGCUCCUGCAGACCUCUGUGUGGGUGUAAGGAGCUUUAAUUGAAUGUGUUUGAGCCUUGAAUUGAGUGAUUGGUUGUGCAGUCUUAAAGGCAGAACAGAUUUCCCAGGAUUCUGGUCUGUUUACUGGACCAUGUCUGACACGGUCGAUCUGAUCUGCCCACUUUCAUGUGCGCGUCUCUCCCUGCUUCUCUCUUUCUUUAUAUUUCAUCCUAAAGUGUCACUAACAUUAUUUAUUUGAAUCAGAUUAAAUGUUGAAUUCUGCGUCUCUGUUAAGUUUUUCACCCAAAAUGCUCUGGCAGUCUAAGAAGAAGAGGAAAGACAUGGACAACCUGCAGGUUCUCUGACAUUAAAAUGUAAAAUUUAAGACAAAAGUGUUUGGUUACGUCGCUUACUGUAAUAAAUUGUAACAUAUUCUUUUAA